AUGGAUCGUCUCAACCCAGAAGCAUCCAAGUCCUAUAGCCAUAUAGACAUGGAAAAGGACAAUACCGAGCAUGACUCACUGCUCCCAAGCUCUUCCGGCCCCUUGGUAAGCGAGCGUGGUGUGAACCACUCUGCUGUGAAAUACGACCGCCGACGACUCGCACUCUCGUUUGCUGGAGGAGUUCUCGCAUGUGCUGCUGCCCAAUACACCGCUUCGUUCUUCUGCGACUCGAUGCCCACACCAACAACUCAUUUCACCUCGCCCAAAUUUUCCCCCAAUGUCGGCCAUUUCCCACCGUCCAAACCUACCAACGCCUACCCAUCUUUGUUCCCCACCGACGUUGGGUAUCCUGGACCCACUCCUACCGGCGUAGAGCCCGGUGUCGUGGCCACGGCCCCUGCUUACCCUCAGCACACUGGGGCUCCGGGUCUGCUCUUGCCGCAAAAGAUUAAAGGCAAGACCAGCAGCUCAUUUGAUUUAUUCAAGAGCUGGGGCAACUUGAGUCCCUGGUAUACCGUCCCGGGCUCCGAAUUCGGUCUGGAUGGCGCGAGCCCGGCUGCACCCGACCAGUGCCGUGUUACUGGGCUGCAUGUUUUGCACCGACAUGGUGCCAGGUACCCUACCGAAUGGUCCAACUAUGCAGGCCCGGCCACGGUCGAAGGGAAGCUCCGGGCGUCUGGCAACUUUAGCGCAAAGGGCGAGUUGGAAUUCUUGAACGAUUGGAAGUAUUCGUUGGGAGCCGAGGUUUUGACACCGUUUGGUCGUCAUCAGCUUUAUGACCUUGGAGUAUCUAUGAGGAUGCGCUAUGGUUUCCUCUUGAACAACUUUACUCGAUCCGAAACUGUUCCCACCUUUCGCACAGAGUCACAGGACCGGAUGCUCCAGUCCGCCAUGAACUUUGCCCUCGGAUUCUUUGGCAACCCUAUCGAGAAGCAAUACCAGCAGCUAAUUAUGGUCAGGAACCCUGGUAUUAACAAUACCAUCUCACCCGACCUAACCUGCCCCAAUGCUCACAGAACUGGCCGUGCGGACCGAGGGCUCUGGUACAUGAAAAAGUGGACAAACGUCUACUUGAAGGAUGCGCUCGCCCGGUUCCAGAAAGAUACCUCUGGCUUCGAGUGGACUAUCGAGGAUGUGUUUGCUACCCAAUACUUGUGUCCUUAUGAAACGGUCGCGCUGGGAUACUCCAAGUUCUGUGAGCUGUUUACUCAGGAAGAAUGGGAAGGGUUCCAUUACGCUUUGGAUCUUGGUUUCUGGUACAAUGACGUCUUUGGCUCUCCUAUUUCUUUGGCACUGGGUGCUGGGUGGGUAACUGAAAUGGUCGCUCGCUUGACGCACACCCCGGUGGAGGUUCACAAUACAACCACCAACGCGACGCUGCACAAUCCAAUCCAGUUCCCGCUGCACGAUUCGAUGUACGUCGAUGUGACCCACGAGACGGUAUUCAUGAAGAUUCUUGUUGCGAUGAACUUGACGCAGUUCAAGGACGAACCCUUGCCGUGGACACACAUCCCACCCAAGCGCAAGUUCCAGUCUUCGCAGGCGGCGCCAUUCGCAACCAACAUGCAAAUCCAACUCUUGUCCUGCGCGUCCCAGCCGGAACCUCAGUUGCGUGUGAUCAUCAACGACGGCGUGGUUGCGCUCGACGGACUCGACCAAUGUCCCACGAACAAGGACGGCCUGUGCCCGCUCGACGCGUUUGUCGCGGCCCAAAAGGCAAGCUUGGCCAAGGCCGACUUUGACUGGACCUGUCAUGGCGAGUGGGAACUGCCCGAAGGUCCCGAGUGGAAUACGACGACGGGCACACCACCGCCACGUCCCGGUGCCUAA